AGAAAGAUUCGUAUCCGUUACAUUUCGAUACAGGAAGAUCCGUGAAAGUGUUCAGAAGACGACAAUUAUUGAUGAUUGGAGAAAAGCCUUUAUAAGUGUGAGAUCCCAGUUAACGACACGAAAACGGACGUUAAAUAACAUUAACGGUUACUGCUUGUCACACUAAGCAAUGAUAACAGUUGCUGUGAGUGUAGGGGCAACUUGAUCUUAAUAUAACAGUUGCAACUAUACGUAAUCUUGGCGAAUAACAAGGACCAUAAUACAUUUUUUAAAGCAGUAUCUUAACUCUUUAGAAGUUAUUGUCAUUUAAAGAUAUGCCGAACCUUGGAAGCACUGUUGAAUCUCUACCUUUAAAUGCCAAUUACAAUGAGAAAUCUGAAGGAUGCAUCUGAACGUGACGAGAGCAACUGCAUACUUACUAUAAACCAGUUCUUGUUGCUCUCGCAUACUUACUAUAAACCGGUUCUUGUUACUCUCCCAUACUUACUAUAACCGGUUAUUGUUGCUCUAACAUACUUUCUAUAAACCGGUUCUUGUUGCUCUCCCAUACUUAGCCUACUAUAAACCGGUUCUUGUUGCUCUCCCAUACUUUCUAUAAACCGGUUCUUGUUGCUCUCCCAUACUUUCUAUAAACCGGUUCUUGUUCCUCUCCCAUACUUUCUAAAACCGGUUCUUGUUGCUCUCCCAUACUUACUAUAAACCGGUUCUUGUUGCUCUCCCAUACUUACUAUAAACCGGUUCUUGUUGCUCUCCCAUACUUUCUAUAAACCGGUUCUUGUUGCUCUCCCAUACUUUCUAUAAACCGGUUCUUGUUGCUCUAACAUACUUUCUAUAAACCGAUUCUUGUUGCUCUAACAUACUUACUAUAAACCGGUUCUUGUUGCUCUAACAUACUUACUAUAAACCGGUUCUUGUUGCUCUCCCAUAUUUACUAUAAACGGGUUCUUGCUGCUCUCCCAUACUUUCUAUAAACCGGUUCUUGUUGCUCUCCCAUACUUUCUAUAAACCGGUUCUUGUUGCUCUCCCAUACUUUCUAUAAACCGGUUCUUGUUGCUCUCCCAUACUUUCUAUAAACCAGUUCCUGUUGCUCUCGCUGGUUCCCUCAGUCAGUGACGCUCGCCGGGCGGUCGCUUACAGUGUUCUUUAAAGGGGCGCAAAAAAGUAAUACGAAUGAAUGUCUGUAAAAAAUCUAAUAACGAUUAAUUCACUAAUUGUUAUUUGUAAUAAUUAUACAAAAUUGGGGACCUUGCGGUUUAUCGCGAAUUUUAUGGUAAAGCGCCUCCGAGCCAAGUGCUAUUGAAAACAAAAGUACUAACUUCUGCUGCCAAUAUAUCCUUAUAUAUUGAGAUAUAGAAUAAGUUUGUAAAUUUUUUCUGUGAUAAGUGCUUUCCUCGCAGAAUUCGUAUUAAACAGCAUGACAUCAAGUUUUUACAAUUAUUACAAAUAAUAAUUAGUGUCGGUAUUUGGUUUAUUACCUCCAUAAGUCGGCAGCUGAUUCAAAAGAUUUACCUUUUGUCGAGAAUGUACGUAGGAACAUGUAUAAUAUUCUACCAUCUCUCAGAGAACGCUUGCGGUCCAUAGAUCACCAGAAACUCUCCGCAUAAACCCAGGAUUAUUAUUGUAUGGAAUAAGCAAUAUUUGUUCUUUUGUUAGUUUUAAAACUCAUGAGUUUUGUUGAGUAUUAAUUAACACAGUCAAACUUCGGACAUAAAAUUAUAAGACUUCUGUUUUACUAAUAACGGCUAAUUAAAAAUUUUUUUGUAAAAUUUCAUAAUAACCCAUGUAACACAGAAGGAUUUCCAGAGAUUAAAAAUAAAUCCCCAAGCAGUAAAAAUAUGUACUACCUCUUUUGUUAGAAUAGAAAAAUAAUAUACAUUGCAUAUUUCUUGUUUUAGUUAACAUAUCGUAAGAAAGUGCAUUUAAAAAGAGUUGGGCAUGAUUAUUAAAGUCAUAUUCUUCGACCACUAAAAGAAGUACUUUACGUUAUGGCCAAGGUUACUCUUAGAGUUACUUAUUUUCGUUCUGAAACACUGCGGUGACCACAAUAAUCAUACUAGGCUUGAAUUGCAUACUUGAGUGAAUUUGGUCCUCAAUGCGGUAAUAGUUAAUUCAAUGAAAAUUCUGUUGUAGUCAUUACAGAGAUCUAUCUGUUCAGUGUAGUAACGGCGCGGUGUGAGAAAACUUUUGAUAAAUAUUGUAUCCCUUCCAUAGAUCCUUCAUAGAUUGUACUGUUAUUAUUUCGUAAAUUAGUUUACCCCAAAAUCUAUCCAGCAACAACGACAAGUUCUAACAGCUUAUUUUGUCAUUGCAGGUAUAAUGAUCGUACACAGCUCCGAAGGUGACAAGUUCCAGUGCUUGUCAUGUGACAAGUCGUACCAUCACAAGGGCAACCUUAUCAAACACCAGAAGUACGAAUGUGGAGAUCUCCGCCCCUUCUCGUGCAGCUUCUGCCCUUACCGCUCCAAACAGAAGGGUAACCUCAAGACCCACGUUGCCAAAAAGCACCCCGGACACUCGCUGGAGGACGAGAGCAGUGUGUUCAUCAUCGUUCCCACCCCUGACGUUGAGUACACACCGACCGACAUUUAAUACUUGUUUGUUCUCAAAGGCGGCUUUCGUAAUUUUGUUACUAUUAAGUUCAUUUGUCUCCUACUUAUUACUUUGUGUGGUUCAAAAUCAUAUUUCGUUAUACAAUUUAUUGUUUCCGUCAUAAAUUUCAUUUUGUAAUCGACUUGUUUGUUUUUUGGAGUUUGUAUUAACCAUAAUAAUGUAUUGUUAUUGUUAUUCAUUUUCAGUGAAUCAAUUUGAAUUUGACUGUGAGUAUUUAGAUACAAAUCCUCUUGCAAAUGUAAUGUACAAUUUACAUUAAUUUAAUUUUGUUUAUUUAGUUCAUAAGUUGAGUUAGUAACUGGGUAGACAUUCGUGUACAUAGUAAGUUUUAUACUGUUCUGUAGAUUAGUUACAAAAAUCUAUUAAAGAUGUUUAACAGUUA